AUGGAGAGUACAGGCGAGGAAUCUCAAUUCUUAGGCGUACCUGGCGAGGUGGCUCAAAUUCUCAGACGGUCGGACCGCAUUGCGGCGCAAAUCGCGGCGCAGAAGGCCAGAGAAUCCGAAACGGAAGCUUCGAGCGCGUGCGAGCCCAGCAAGUCCGACUCUCACAAAGACCUGGUUCUAAAGCACGACUGUUUCGCGUGCGGCGAAACCAUAUGCGACAGCUGCAGGGUGGCAUUUGGUGGCUGCGUCGAGAUGAUCGACAAGUACAAUGCUUCCGUUGAUGCUGCAAUGAAGUUAACCGGAAAGAAGUUCAGGGAGGAGAUUCGCAUGAUUCUCCGAGAGAACAAGGAAUGGAUUCGUGGUUUGAAAAGCCAGCAAAACCGAGAGGGCUAG